AUGUCGUUGAUUCAUAAAGGAGCCACCUUGGCUCUGUUUCUAGCGUUGACCAUGGUGGUCAACGGAGUUUUUGGUAGAUUCAUCGUGGAGAAGAGCAGCGUCACGGUCCUAAACCCUAUGACAAUGCGGUCUAAGCACGACGCAGCCAUCGCUAACUUCGGUGUUCCAAACUACGGUGGUUAUAUGAUCGGCUCCGUCGUCUACGCCGGUCAAGGAGCUUAUGGAUGCGAAUCAUUCGACAAAACUUUCAAACCCAAAUUCCCUCGUCCUACCAUUUUAAUCAUCGAUCGUGGAGAGUGCUACUUUGCGUUAAAGGUAUGGAACGGUCAAAAAUCCGGUGCAGCAGCGGUUCUAGUAGCUGAUAGCGUCGAUGAGCCAUUGAUAACAAUGGAUUCACCUGAGGAAUCCAAAGAAGCUGAUGACUUUAUAGAGAAAAUCAACAUUCCAUCGGCUUUAAUAGACCGUUCUUUCGCGGAUACUCUCAAGCAAGCGCUUAAAAAAGGCGAGGAAGUAGUCUUGAAGAUAGAUUGGAGCGAGUCAUUACCUCAUCCUGAUGAGAGAGUUGAGUAUGAGCUAUGGACUAACACGAAUGAUGAGUGUGGUGCGCGGUGCGAUGAGCAGAUGAAUUUUGUCAAGAACUUUAAAGGACACGCGCAGAUUCUCGAAAAAGGAGGAUACUCUUUGUUUACACCUCAUUACAUUACAUGGUUUUGUCCUAAAGAUUAUGUUUCCAGCAAGCAGUGUAAGUCUCAGUGUAUAAACAAAGGGAGGUAUUGUGCUCCUGACCCUGAACAAGACUUUGGAGAUGGAUACGACGGGAAAGACAUUGUUUUCGAGAAUCUGAGACAGUUAUGUGUUCAUCGAGUAGCGAAAGAGAAUAACCGGUCUUGGGUUUGGUGGGACUAUGUGACUGAUUUUCACAUCAGGUGUUCAAUGAAGGAGAAGAAGUAUACCAAAGAAUGUGCACAGAGCGUUGUGGAAUCUCUCGGUUUGCCACUUGACAAGGUCAAGAAAUGUAUUGGUGAUCCUGAAGCUGAUGUGGAGAAUGAAGUUUUAAAAGCAGAGCAAGCGCUUCAGGUAGGACAAGGAGACCGCGGGGAUGUCACAAUCUUGCCAACAUUGAUCAUCAACAAUGCUCAAUACCGCGGUAAACUCGAGAGAAAUGCAGUACUAAAGGCUGUCUGUUCAGGAUUCAAGGAAAGAACCGAACCCGGGAUCUGUCUAAGUGGAGAUAUCGAAACGAACGAAUGUCUCGAAGCAAAUGGAGGUUGUUGGCAUGACAAGAAAUCUAAUGUAACAGCUUGCAAGGACACAUUCAGGGGAAGGGUUUGUGAAUGCCCUGUUGUGAAUGGUGUGCAGUAUAAAGGAGAUGGCUAUACUUCAUGUGAACCUUAUGGCCCUGCAAGAUGUUCAAUCAACCAAGGAGGGUGUUGGUCUGAAACCAAAAAAGGCCUAACUUUCUCCGCUUGCUCGAACUCGGAGUCAUCGGGAUGUCGUUGCCCUACAGGUUUCAAAGGAGAUGGUCUAAAAUGUGAAGACAUUGAUGAAUGUAAGGAGCAAUCAGCUUGCCAAUGUGAUGGAUGCAGUUGUACGAACAAAUGGGGAAGCUUUGAAUGCAAAUGCUCAGGAAAUCGUCUCUAUAUGAAAGAACAAGACACUUGUAUCGAGAGAAGCGGAUCAAGAAUCGGAUGGUUCUUCACAUUAGUGAUUCUGGCUACAGUUGGAAGCAUUUGUGUAGCUGGUUACGUAUUCUACAAGUAUCGUCUCAGGUCUUACAUGGAUUCAGAAGUGAUGGCGAUUAUGUCUCAGUAUAUGCCAUUGGAGAGUCAAAACACAAACGAUCCAUUGACUGUCGCUGCAAGAGUAUCAUCUCUGUUCGUUUAUCCGAUCAAAUCAUGUAAAGGAAUCUCUUUGUCUCAAGCAGCUCUCACUCCCACUGGAUUUCGGUGGGAUCGAAACUGGUUGAUUGUGAACUCUAAAGGAAGAGGAUUGACUCAAAGAGUGGAACCAAAGCUUUCCUUGAUUGAAGUUGAAAUGCCUAAACACGCGUUUGAAGAGGAAUGGGAACCUCAAAAGAGCUCAAACAUGGUGGUUAGAGCUCCUGGUAUGGAUGCCCUUAAGGUUUCACUAGCUAAACCGGAAAAAAUAGCAGACGGUGUCUCGGUUUGGGAGUGGUCUGGCUCUGCUCUAGAUGAAGGAGAAGAAGCAUCUCAGUGGUUUACAAACUUUAUUGGGAAGCCUUGUCGACUUGUUCGUUUUGAUUCAGCGUCUGAGACUAGGACUGUGGAUCCAAAUUAUGCUCCAGGUCACAUUGCAAUGUUCUCAGAUAUGUAUCCUUUCUUGCUUAUAUCACAGGGUUCUCUUGAUUCCCUGAAUAAGCUUUUGAAGGACCCUGUACCGAUCAACCGAUUUAGACCCAACAUCUUUGUAGAUGGAUGUGAACCAUUUGCCGAAGAUUUAUGGACAGAGAUCCUUAUAGACAAUUUCACCUUUCACGGUGUGAAGUUAUGCUCCCGUUGCAAGGUACCGACGAUUAACCAAGAAACUGGGAUUGGAGGUCAAGAGCCAAUUGAGACUCUGAGGAAUUUCAGGUCAGAAAAAGUUUUACAGCCAAUGAGUAAACCACAGGGAAAGAUAUAUUUUGGGCAAAACAUGGUUUGGAAAGACCGAUUCGGAAAUGGAACGGGAAAAACAAUUGAAAUUGGUGAUCCCGUUGUUGUCCUUCGAAAGCUCUCUUCUCCUGCUGACGCAGCAACUUGA